ACGAGGGCAGAAUAAGGGUGACCAUUUGGGAGGUGGCAGGUGGCAGGGCCCAUCUUAUUAAACAGACCAGGCCACUCACUGUGGGGUGGACCAAGGACACCCCUGUCCCUGAGCCCAUGGAGCUGAUGUCUGAUGCCAGCCACAGGAAGAAUGUGUCCCCAAAGCCUGCAGUGCUCCUGAAGCCAGAGCAACGAAGAUUCCAGAGGAGCCUGGGGAUCAGCCUGAGCAGUAGACAUGACCAGUGGGUGCCCGGGUGCCAGGUGGAGAGGGGAGGGCGUGCUGCCACACCCUCCCCAGGGGCAGUGCUAGACCAGGAGCCCUGCCGAGUCCAGACCAACCUGGCCAGCCCUGGUCCCCGCCUGGGCCUAGCCCUAAAGGACACGACUGGCCGACUGGUAAAUUCAAGCGUCUGGCAGCAGAGCAACCUGCAGCCUCCAGCCAGGAGGUGCCAAGGGAAGGCUCGAGAGUUUGCCAUUCAGCAGAGCAACCUGAGCAUCAGUGAGACCAGCAGCCCCCACCUCUGCCCAGAGCCUGGGGGCAGCUUUGGGCCCCACAAGCUGCCCUGGGGUCGUCUCCUAUCCCAAGAGCCACUGGCUCGCCUAUCUCCCUGUCUGAGGCGGUCCAGGCUGCCGGCCCCAGGCACCCCUAGCGGGGACUUCAGGCCCACUGAAGCCUUUGCCCCUCUUGAUGGGCACACAGGGCCAGGCCUCAGAUUUUGGGGUGGCCUGGGAAGCUGGAGGUCCAGGCUGGUGGGGGAGCCUCUCACCCUGGAGGACCUGGCUGUCCCCAGUCAGAACCAGACUCGAGCCCCAUCCCAUGCUGCCAUCCAGCAGCUGCUGGCCUCUGUACGUUGCCUGGCACAAGAGGCAGCCAGACUCAGGUGCCAGGCACCCCAGGAACCCCCCGGUGCUGUGCAGCAGGACCUCUGGACCAGCGGUGGCCAGCCACUCUCCGCCCACCCCCAGCCCAGCCAGCCUGUCCUUGCUUCCUGGGGUGAGAGGCAGAGAUGCCUUCGAGGCCAAAGGGAAACUGCAGCUUUCUUGAAGACCCCGGCUAGUCUCUCAGACUCUUGGGCACAAAGCAAGCUAAUGUCACCUGAGAUCACUCUGGGGACACUGACUGGGGAUUCCCUUAAUCCUGAGCAGGGGCUCCCUCCCGUCCACCCCCUAGGGUCAGGGGACAGCUGCUCCCCCGCGUCUCCAGAUGGCAGGGCACAGAAGGGUGACCCCAGUCUCCCUCAAGGGGUGGGAAGCAGGGGGGCUGGCCCCUGUUCCUCAGCCUUCUCCAACACAGCCUGGGGAGUCCCACCCAAGCAGAAAGGAGAGGAGGGGGCCCCGAGGGAGCAGGUCCACAGGGAGGAGGAGAGGACAGCUUUCCAUCUGCCAGACACAACAUCAGCGAGCAAUGCCUUGAAGAACAAGGCACAAAACGUUGUAGCCCCAGAGUCUGAGGCAACCUGCUGGCAGCUGUUGUCCAGAUGUUUUCGAUCCUGGAGGUACUUGGUGAAGAGGCAGCCGGAUCCAGUGGUGGCGGCAGUGGCACUGGGCCACUGGCAGCUGUUGCGAAAGGACCUUCAGGCCCUGUGGCUCCGGGAGGCUCAGCUGGAGGCAGCAUGGGGGUGGUACACAAAGGUUCUGCUGGCCUGGAGCUUCCGAGAGUGGAGAAACCUGGCUUUACAGCAGAAACAAGUACAGCCCCACAUGCAGGCUGGGCCAGGGUCCCCGCCCUCCAGGAGAGCGCAGGGCCAAGUGCCUUCCUUGAGAAGAAGCACAGUGGCGGACCUCUCCCAGAGAAGCAGGCUGGAACACAUCAGUCCAGGAAGUCUGAGGGAAGAGGAGAGAGCUCAGUGGCUUCUGUCAUAUCCUGGGCAGAGAACAGACAGCAGAGAUGAGAGAGUCCAGAUACUGGAGGCCCUGCAACUGUCGGUCUUCUUCCUGUGGUGCCAACAGAAGGAACGGACCAGACAGGAGAGGGAGACUCUGCAGAAGGCCACCAGGGCCACACAGACGACAGGAAGCUUCCCCCAUGCCUGGCACUUUACUGCUGCAGGUGCAGCCUGGGUGGCCCCACUGAGCCCCCGGCACCAGAGAGCUUGGCUGUGCAGGUGCUUUGGGGCCUGGCAGCAGUUCGUGCAAAGAGGGUCCCGGUACCGAGACCACCUGGCUGACCGCCGGACGGGGACCCUGAGGAAAUGUCUGGAACAGUGGGUGCGGAUGAAACAGCUCUGGGACUCAGAUGGGGCAAAGGUGACCCAGCUGUCCCUCUGCCGACAGAAAGCAGGACGUGAGGCUCUCCACACUGCAGGCCCUGCAGCCUGUGGCCUGGGUACAGUGGGCCAGACCCAAGGGCUGCAGGAGCAAGGCCGGGGCUCUCUGCAGGAUGCUUGCCGGACACUGGCCCUCUGCCGGGCACUGCUGCUGUGGAAGACGCGGCUUUUCCAGUGCCAGUGGGCCAACUCCUUCCUCCAGGGCCUGCAGCAGCGGAUGCUGCAGCGCAGCCUGAGAUGGUGGCGCGUGAGGGCAUUGGGCCCAGAUGCCACAUCAAGCUGCACCAAGACCCCCUCGGCUCUGGAGCCAAUGGGCAGCAGCACAUCCCAAGGCUCCCUGGAGAAGGUUCCCAGGGCCCCCGCCCUCCUGGAGACUUUCCAGGGGAGCCUUCUGUGGGCAGCUGAGCAGCGGCAGCAGGGGCAGUGCCUUCUGCUCUGGUGGGCAGGGGCCCAGCAGUUCCAGGGCACGGCCAGGUGGUACCAGCAUACCCUCCAGAGGCGCAUCUUCCUCAGCUGGAGCCGCUGGGCAACAGCCCAAGGGGCCUGGAGAGAGCUGGCUUCCCACUGGGCCUGGGAUCGGAGCUGCAGGGUUGUGCUGGGCCUGUGGCGUCGGCGGCUGGUGCAAUCACGGCUGGUGGAGAGGUGGGCCCAGGAGCGGGGCUGGCGACUGACACGAGAUGCCCUAUGCCACUGGCACUCCUCUUGGCAGGGACAGCACUUCCUGCAUGAAAAGUGCCAGACAUGGAUGCAGGUCCACCUCCAGGGCCUGCAGAGGGCUGUGUUGCGGAGCUGGCAGCAGGCAGCAGCUCGUCAGAGACGCACAGUGACCCGGCCAGAGCAACUGCUACUGCAGAGCUACUUCCAGGCCUGGUGUGAGGUUGUAAGAGACACAGGGGUGCUCCGGGCCCAGCGUCAAGCCUUUCAGGAUGACCUGAGGAGAAGGGCACUGGGGGCCGGGUUUGCCACAUGGCGGGAAGCCCAGGCAGCGGUAGCCGGGGCACAGGAACAGCGUGUGGCCCAGGCCUCCCUUGCCCACUGGAGAAGCUGCGGGCAGCAAGGCCAGGAAGAUGGGCAGCCGAAGAAGGCCCGGGCCCCGCAGGCCUUCCCAGCAUGGCCAGUGGCCCCGGACAUGCACCGUGAGGCCCAGCAGCAGGAAGGAGAGAGUGCUGGGGCCCAGGCAGCCCGGUGCUGGACUCGGUGCUGGGCACUGUGGGUGCGUGAGUCCUGUCGGGGCCAGGUCAGCUGAGCCCAUGCUUCCUGGAAGCCACGAGCCUGUUGAGUGCCGUGGGUCCUAGAGGCCUCAACGCAGUUGGGGGCUUGCGGCAGUGUCCAGCGAGCCAUCGUCACCCAGCUCCAGCAGGCUGAGCUCAAACGCUUCCUGCAGAUGGCGCAGCUCAGGCUGCGGCUGGGACUGCGGGCCAAGGCCCCAGGGGCCGGCAAGACCCGCAGCUGCUGGACACAGGCCACAGGCCUGGUGCCGCCCGCGCCAUCACUGCAGUGCAGCCUGGGUGGACAGAGAAAGCCAAGGGGAACGGCCUGGGCUCAGAGGUGCGGAGAACAAUCCCUCUGCCCUGCCUUCCAGCUCUGGCCGCAGUGGCCCGGACAGAGUAGCUGGGUCCCAGGCCUGCCCCUGUGGAUGAGGGACCAGGGACCAAGAGGACACUCCAGCCCUGAGUCCAGAGCCCUCAGAGCCCAAAGCGAGGCCCAUAAAAGGAGGCUGGGUGCUCUUUCCUGUAGGAUCCUGGAAAAGCAGGCCCAGGCCCAUGGCUCUGCCCUCCUUCUGGCCCUGAAGGGUCACGAUGCUCUUGGCCAUCAGGAGGAAGUACCUGCAGCGCCCGUGCCUUAAGGCACUGCUUCAUGGGCUGCGGGGUUCCCAGCAGGCCAGGUGCCUGGCAGCAGCAUGGCAGCACUGGGUGGAUGCCCAAGGGGCAGAGCAGCUGGCACGGACCCUGCUCAGGGAGUGGCACCUGAGAUCCGCCUGGCGGACGUGGUGGCAGCGGAUCCUGCGACUGCGAGUGGCUCAGCAGUUACAGCAGCAGGAAGAUGGGCCUUUAAGAAGUGGCACCAACGCCUGGCAGCCAGGAGCCCAAGGAGAGGAGCUGCCAGUAGCCCAAGACCCUGGAGCAAGCCAGGCCCUAAGGGCCCUGAGAGUGGACAGGAAGCCACCGGAACCCCGCGGGGUUGGGGGCUUGGGGCAGAGCACGGGGCACAGCUGCAGCUGUGAUGUGUUCCCAGAGAGUAAAAACAGAACUGAACUUAGCCUUCCCAGGCAAGGAACCAUGCCCCACACAUCCGGGGAGUGAUGACAUAGGGGACAGCUUGAAGAGCUCUGAAGGACAAUAAAACCCACUCCUCAGUCCUA